AACAAAAGUUCCGCGAGAGCGCAUUAAAUAAUGAACACAAGCGGUUACUUGACAAGUAGCGGAUAAAGAGCACCAAUGCAGAGCCACUUAAAUAAUUUACAUAAAGUAGAAGAAAAUAUCUGUUGUGAAUAUAGCAUAAAUAUCUAAAAUUUUAUUUUCAAUAACAUAAGAAUUUAACGGUAAAAGUGCAUAAACGAUGUAAUCUGUGAGAUAGUGCAUGAAAUAAAAGCAAAUGCAGAAUUAGCUGCAAUGUGAACAAUAAAAAAGUUAAUGGAGCGUAGUAGAAUAGAUGCAAAUAAAAUCUGUGCGCAACUAGAAAAAGAACCAAAGUGCAAUAAAAAGAUAGAGAUAAAUAAAGUGAAAAAGUGCAUACAAAUUUCAAUAAGCACCAAGUUUGCGAAUAUACAUACAUACAUAUGUAUGAAUGUAACUAUAAAUAUAAAUUAAAGUAUAACGAGAGCUUUGCUAAUUACUCGACUACUUUGUAAGCGCAUACGGUCGCCCUCCUGUUUGCCUGCCUGCCCGUUAGCCUGCCUACAAUUACAAAAAAAUAAACAACAACAAACAAACAAGCCACUAAUAUAAAUAGUCAGCAAAUAACUACUCAAACAACAAAAGCAACAACAACAAGAAGAAGAACAGCAACCGACUUAGCAGCGUUUCAAUCAAUUCAAUUCAAUUCAACCAUCAAUUCAUCUCUAUUCAUAGCAAAAUACUCGACAGUACACUCGAACGCAGUCUGUCGACGUCAUCUUCGUCGCUGCCGUCGGCAAUUUGUCAACAUAUUCACACACACACAUACACAUAAAUACAUAUUUAAGCGCAUAUACUAUUUGUUGUAGUGAAGUGCAGCGGAUCUCUAUUCUAAAUUGAUUUGGUGCACCUUUAGCUUCAACAAACGUUAGUCAGUUUCUUCGCGCACAGUUCGUCGUUUAACGUGCAAUGGCAACAUGGACAACGAGCAGCCACAUCAGGAAUUAGUCAAGUGCGUUCUGGUCGGUGAUACUGCCGUGGGCAAGACGCGUUUAAUUUGCGCACGCGCAUGCAAUAAACAUGUUUCGCUGUCACAGUUGCUGUCAACACAUGUGCCCACUGUUUGGGCUAUCGAUCAGUAUAGAAUCUACAAGGAUGUACUGGAACGUUCCUGGGAGGUAGUGGAUGGCGUAAACGUAUCGUUACGUCUCUGGGACACAUUUGGUGAUCAUGACAAGGAUCGUAGAUUUGCUUAUGGACGAUCGGAUGUCGUACUACUAUGCUUCUCUAUUGCCAGCCCCAUAUCGUUACGCAAUUGCAAAGCAAUGUGGUAUCCGGAGAUACGUCGCUUCUGCCCAGAUGUGCCUGUCAUCUUGGUGGGCUGCAAAAAUGAUUUGCGUUAUAUGUAUCGUGAUGAAACGUAUCUCUCGUACUUUGGCGAACGAAGUACCUUCGUACGCGCGGCACUAAAAAGUGACCUCGUCAUGCCGGAUGAAGCGCGUGCUGUUGCGAAGGAGCUGGGCGUUGCCUAUUAUGAGACAAGUGUCUUCACAUAUUUCGGUGUGAAUGAAGUAUUCGAGAAUGCCAUACGUUCGGCGUUGAUUGCGCGCCGACAGCAACGUUUCUGGAUGACGAAUUUGAAGAAAGUGCAAAAACCGUUGCUGCAGGCACCAUUCCGACCGCCCAAACCGCCACCACCAGAAGUCACCGUAGUGGUGGGCAAUUACAGACAAGACAUGUACAACAUGUUAAUUUCACAAACCCACACGGAUCUCAUACUGGUGGUGGGUGCGAGUAAAUUUCCGGUGCAUCGGUUUAUGCUCGCUGCUGCGUCGAACGUCUUUUAUCGGCUACUGAAUACAGAGCUAACCGAUAUGGGUGGUAGAAGUAGUAGUGAAUCCAGUAUGGUGAGUUCCACAUUCGGCGAGGCGACCACAGCGGACUUUAACGACGACACUGAGUGUCUUAUAAGGCAUGAAUCGCGUACACAAAGAAUGUGGGAACAGCUGAAACGGCGUUCCAGCUAUCAGGCCUUACCGCUAAUCGAAACCAAAAAGCCCAGUGAUCUCUAUAAGGACCUGCAUCAUCCUAUAUUCCAAAAUAUACGCUUAGUGCAGAUGGAAAAUACGCGUGGCAUCAACGUAACACAAACAAUUGUCACACUGACAAAACUCAUAACGCCACAAGCGUUGCAACAGUGUCUGCAAUUUAUUUAUACCGGCACAAUUGAAAGAGAAUUUCACAAUUUGCAGGAAGUUAAACAAGCUGCUGAUUUCUUAGAACUGCCUCAAUUGACUGUAUUACUUUCCAAGCCACAAACACUUUUAGCCAGUCUAAAUGAUGAACCAAAUCAACAUUUUUGUCUUAGCAUUAAAGAGAAUAUGGAGAAGCAUUGUAUUGGCGAUGGCUGUUUCAGUGAUGUCACCUUUGAGCUGGAUGAUGGACAGAUGAAGGCACAUCGCGCUAUAUUGGUUGCACGCUGUGAUGUUAUGCGCGCCAUGUUGGCCGGCGACUUUCGUGAGGCGCACUCGAGUGUGAUCGUCUUUCCCGGCGUCACGAUUUACACAUUUCAUAAGUUGCUCUGUUAUUUAUACACAGAUGAAAUACCUCCAAUAUCCGCAGAUAAAUGUUUGAAUCUUUUGGAGUUGGCAAAUCGUUUGUGUUUGCCAAGAUUAUUGAAUUUGGUUGAGUGUCGUGUGAUUGAAGACUUAACGAUGAUAUCGCAAAAUGAAACGAAUGAAACGGUCGAUCAUUGUCUCAAGCUGCUGGAGCCAGUGAAGCUGCAUAAUGCCCAUCAACUGGCCGAAUGGUGUAUGUCUUACCUGUGUGUCAAUUACAAUAUAAUUUGUAAAUACUCACUCAAAGGCCUCAAAGCACUGCAUCAGGAUAAUCAAGAGUAUUUACGUGAGCACCGUUGGCCGCCAGUGUGGUAUUUAAAGGAUUACGAUUACUAUCAACGCUGCAUAAAUGAGAUGAAUAAAGAAUUAAAGAAUUCACGUCGCGAUUCGCGUAGUGAUGACGAAGGUUGUCUCUGUUUCACGGGCGUGUUCUCUUGGCUAUUAGGCAGCAGCAAUGGGGGCAAAUCGAAGCGUGGCAACGAUCCCAAUGGCAAUGGUGCCGGCACCGCUGAGCAUAGCACAACCGAUAAUCAAAUCUUCAAUAGCACAGCGAAUUCGAUGAAUCACAUUGACUUGGAGGCGGCCGAGGUGGACUUGAAUCUCUGACAUCCAGCCAUCGGGCACAGAAGAUCACUGCGUUUCAUUGUGAUUCUGCCCGUGCUGAUUUGUUUCAUUUGUACAAUUUUAAGUAUUCUAAUACUAUUUCAAAUUUACACAUAACAAUACCAAAAUUGUUGUAAGCGUAAUGCAAUUAAUGCUGAAAGUAUUUUUUCUAUUAAAUUGUUAAAAGUAAUCUAAUUACAAUCACAAUUAUAAAUUUAAGCUGGAACAAUAUGGCCAUCCGCAAUCGGUUAUAUAUACUGUGCAUAGGUUAGUUUUAAGCUAUGAAGUAAAUGCUGUGAAGCAUCCAAUGAUGUUUUCAAACAUUUGUGAGAGUCAUGCGAGCAUGUUUGGAUUUGGUGAUAUAUUUCGGUUUGUAAAGCUUGACAGUUUUGACAUUUUUGUAACGGAUGUUGCGCAUUUUGAAGUGUGAACUUGUUGUAAUUUGAGCUGUCAUCUUGCUUUUCUUAAGAAAAGAUGUCUAAAAAUACAAAGCAGUUACAUUUUUUGAACUGCGUAUAAUUUUUUUGCGAACAAGGUUGAGGGCUACAGCUGUCGGGAUCGGUCAGUUUCGGUUUGUUUAAGAAAUCUUUAACUGGACACAUUUAUGACAGUGCGCGGCCAGCAUUAUAUACCGCAAAGAAAAGUUGCAAAAACAAAAACAAUAAAAACAGCUGUAAAACAACAACAAAAACACCAAAUAAUGCUAGUAAGCAUGGGCAACAACAGCAGCUGCAAAAAAAAAACAAAAUCAGCAUGCAACAAAAUACAAAUAUAUGACCAACACAACAAAUAACAACAGCAAAAACAAAAGAAAAACAAUUUUUAUUAAAAAAUGUAACAAGCAGCAGAAAAAAGUAAAAACAAUUCAACUGGUCUUACGUCUAGCAGUCUGAGCAAGCGAAAUUUUUAAAUAAACUAACAUCAAUAUUAAUUUUUCAGAUAAAAAUCUUUUUCAAAAACAAGCUAUUCAGCAAUUUAUAACAUUUCAUUUCCUUGUCUACAACAAUGAAAUCAAUUACUAGAAACACCAGUAAAUUAUGAGCAAUAUAUACAUAUACACACAUAUAUAUAUAUGUAUGUGAACAGUGAAGCAAAACCACAAUACAUACAUCCACAAUAUGUACAUCCUUACACACAACUUCAAACAGCAAAAAUUGAGGGCAUACUGCAAGCACACGCCAUUGAAAAGAAAUUGCAAAGUGGAGAAGCGCUAAAAAUAGGGAAACUAUUGUCUAGCCAUUAGUCAUGUAAGCGAAACACAAAUUUCUAAGCGAGCAAAGUUAAUA